AUGGUUCGUAUUGGUAAUAAAGAGAUGCCCAAGAAUAAGAAUAUUCGGGUGGCUUUGAGUUAUAUUUAUGGAUUUGGCAAGAAGUUUGGUUUCAAAUCUCCCUCCCGAAAACUUCUAGAGGAUUUAAAUAUUAAUCCUUUUGUCAAAGUUCAUGAUUUGACUCCUGAGCAAUUGAGGGAAGAAGUGCAGAAAAAAAUUAAUGAACAAAUUCGUUUGAGAACUUAUCGAGGAACACGUCGAACAAAAAAACUCCCAGUCAAUGGUCAAAGAACCCGUCAUAAUGCUCAAACCGCUAAAAAAGGGGGAGCGGCUACUCGUAAAAAAAUUGCAGUGGCAGGGAAGAAAAAAGCUCCUACUCCAAGAUAA